GCAAGUCGAGAGCAGAGAGUGUCAGUCCAGUUUUUCGGAUCUCCUGCCACUCUCUCCUUAUACUUUCAGCUGAGCGGAACCUGAAGUAAAAUACAAGUAAGGAGAUUGGUCAAACCAUGGUUGAGGAGGAUAAGAAUAAUGCAUCCAAAGAGGAAGACUUGGAGGUUGCUUCCAUCCAGGAAGAGGCCACUGACGGUGAAGAAGAUACAGAAGUGAUGAACCCGGAGGACCAGAAGGAUCCUUCGUCGAACAUUGCCAUUGGUGUCCCCACUGAAGAGAAUGCAACAGACAGCAGUACCAUGAUUGAUGACUCCACCGAUGAUGAUAUCAAAGGUACUGACGUAGACGAGCAGUCUCAUCGGGUUGACUUUGAGGAGCAGAAUGCACUGGAACAGGGCAAGCGAGCCGAGGAGGAGCAAGAAGAAGAACAGGGCAAAGAAGCCGAGGGAUUCCGCAAUGAAGGCAUAGAAGGUGUUGUCGUGCAGAUUUCGGAUAUCGAACACGAUGGCACGGUACCUCCUCUUACGCUAAGCCGCAGUACAGUCAUUCGCGGUGCCAAUCAGGUUCCAGGAGCCUAUAGUGUGGCUGGGAUUGCUUCUAGUACCGGUGGACCACCUGCUGGAAACAGAGAUAUAUCUGCUAGUGGAACUGUGGCGGGCCACAGAGAACUGGAAAUUGACCCCCUCCACGCCGAGUUGGUGCCAGAGGAAGCGGAAACAGUAAGAGAUCCUUCCCAGUCUUCUGCAGUGGAACUUCCACCCAUCAUUGAAGGUACCGCUGUAGAGGGUGAACCCAAGUCCCCGAAGCGCUUCAAUGUUUUGUCCGCCAUGGGUAUCCUCUUGAUGGUUAUGAUUAUUCUAAUGAUGUCCUUGGGGUUGAGUGGUGUCUUUUCUUCUAAAAGUGUUGCCACCGCCAGUGAGCAGCAUCAAGGAGACACAGAGGACACCCAGACUAGCAUUGGUUCCUCCUCCACUGUGCCACCCAUUGAUGAGUCCAAACUGUCCAAGUUGGAGGAGAUUCGAGAACGUGGGAUUCUUCGGGCUGCAUUUAUGCUCCCAGAGACCGACGGCUUGCUGGCCUCACUGCUUCGAGCCAUUGCCAAAGGAAUUAUUGGGCCGGAAGGCGAGAUUGAACUUGUCGACACAGAGAUUCCAGAUAUGUUCUCAAGCAUCAUCAAUGGCACUACCGAUGUCAUCUUAUUUGGAGCAACCCAUACAAUGGCUCGGGAUGUCUACAUGGAAUCCACACAAACUACCGUGUCGUUCUCCAUUCCGUACCACUAUGAGGGACUUCGUAUUGGAGGCGUCCCAGAGUACGUCAAAUGUGUAGAUCAGAACUUUAAGCACAUUGACGAGUGCGAAGAUUUGAAGGUUUGCGUCACAGCAGAAACAACCUACCGCGAAGUCAUUACCAAAUACUUGCCACAACGGCGCAUGGUGGAAAAGAAUUGGGAGGAUGGUGGAGUUUUUGAAGGUUUCCUCAAUGGAGAAUGCAAUGUGAUUGCGGAAAUGGGUAUACAUCUGGUCAGUGGCAGCUUUACUUCUAAUGUAACUCAAUCUGAAGGAGGGUUUGCCUUGAGUGAGAACUACUUUUCCAAUUCCCCCCAAGCUGUUGUGACUGCCAACAAUGAACCGGAGUUGGUGGAUAUCAUCAAUGCCAUUCUCUGGAGUCUCUUGGUAGCUGAAACAGAGAAUAUCACCCAAGCCACUGCUGAAUCAUUCCCACAAACAACACUCUUUGGGGAGGACCACAAGGACAUGUUCCGGGAUGCCAUUGCAGUCCAUGGGAACUUUGGAGAGAUUUACGAGUCAACCUGGGGGAGGUUUAUUCCCAGAAGUGCGCUCAAUCAUAUUAACACGGGUGAUGCUAAUACGUCUACUGGCGUGUUGUAUUCCCAUCCCUUUGGAGACAUUGGCAGCAUCCGAGAUGACAAUAUGCCUUUUGGAGGUACACUCACAGCUAUACUCCAACGAGGAAAGCUCCGUUGUGGCAUUCGUGUUGGCAGAUCAGGAUUUGCCACCAGAUUAGAGGAGGAAGCCGGAUAUUCUGGAAUGGAUGUGGACUACUGCAAGGCGGUGUCUGCCAGUCUCUUUUCAGGUGACGUAGAUGCAGUGGAAUUUGUGGAGGUGGAAGAGGACAGUGAUGGCUACAUGCUUUUGUCGGCAGGUACCAUUGAUGUCCUGGCAGGUGCAACUUGGACUCUUCAGAAUGACGUGAUGGAACCCAACACCCAACAAGGCUACACAUUCUCUCAACCAUACUUUUAUGGCUACAGUGCAGACCAUGACAAUUUUUGCUUGGCCACUCGGCAGGGUGAAGAUGAAGACUGGAGUCGGUUAGUGUAUUGGGUGAUAUCCGCCUCUAUAUUUGCCGAAGAAGAAGGCAUUGAUUCGGCGUCAUCCCAUCAAAUGCCAGAAGUCUUUGUGUAUGGGCCGGCUAUGAAACGAAUGUUUCGAGACAUUGUUCUCCAAUUCGGCAACUAUGCGGAUAUGUAUGGGAGGAAUUUGGAGGCUCUCUACCCCCGGAGCGGGAGGAAUCAAGUGAACAGAUUCCCUAACACGGGUCCUCAGCAUUAUCCUGUGCCAGGGUUCAUGUGAAACAACAACAACCACCUCGAGUAUCUAGUUCCAGGUUUGUUUGAAUCAAUCUCGAGGAACAUGAUUUGUCAAUGCAACCAUGUCUAUCUAUGGAACCAAACUUUACUGUAGAAGUGGCAUUUCGAUCUAAAUAUAGUAUGUG